GUGUGCAUACAGACCGUUGAAGUACCCAACUUUCUUAAAUCUGACAGGGCAACUUUUCCAAGCUCCACUUCAAAGUCUUUCGCUGUCCUCGAGGUUUGCAUGGGCUCAGAAAAUUGUCUUCCAUGUGACACAAGUAAAGCUUACAAAUUAAUAAGAGGCGGACUGCCGGCCAGCUGGAGCGUUUUUCAGGUAGGAAUGUCUUCAUGAAAUGCUGGAUUUGCAUCGUCGGACCAUUGACAUGCCAUGAUGUCUGACUAAAAAUGAGCGCCAACAACUCCUCGAGACCGAAGGGUCAAACUUUGGACCGCAGUGAUGUGACUACCGAUAAAGAUACAGCAGACGGCCGGUUGGUUGAACCGGGAGCCAGUGAUAGACCAGUACCAGCGAGGCAUGCGUACAACAACUCCCACGGAAGUUUACGCGGGGCUGCUGCUGAUGGCAAGGGACUUGUGAACUUAGGAGCGGAGGACGAUGCGUGCAUCAUCAAUGAUCAGUUGGAGUCAAGGAGAGCACCGGAGGCCGCGAGCUUGAGCACCGAGCAUCACCCGGGCAGCUCGCCCGCAUCAGACGGCCCGACCACCACCGCGAUGGAGAUGAAGGUAAAGGCUCGCCAGCAUGACAUUGUCCUGGAGCUGCCGGACCACGAGUUGGCCGUGGUGGACGACGGCGGACGGGCGGACGGCCGCGAGAACUGGGGCGGGAAGAUCGACUUCUUACUCUCCAUCAUCGGCUUCGCUGUGGACUUGGCCAACGUGUGGCGCUUCCCUUAUCUGGCUUACCGUAACGGUGGAGGUGCUUUCUUGAUUCCGUACGCGAUCUUCUUAAUCUUUGGCGGUCUUCCCAUGCUCUACAUGGAGCUGGCUUUGGGUCAGUACUUUCGUCAAGGGGCAAUCAGCGUCUGGAGUAUAUGUCCACUCUUCCAAGGUCUAGGUUGGGCCGUGGUUCUCAUAGCCUGGUAUGUCGCAUUCUACUACAACGUCAUCAUAGCCUGGUCGAUCUACUACCUCGUCGCUUCUUUCACGUCCGUAUUACCCUGGUCCGACUGCAGCAACGAAUGGAACACGCCCCUCUGUUACGAUGGAUCGUUUAACGAGUCUUGGGUUAGGAUCGGUGAUGAGGCGUUCUUCGUUAACUCCAGCACGGGCAACUCCCCCGCCAAGGAAUAUUACGAACGCAAAGUUCUUGAGAUGCAUCUGAGUGACGGCUUGCACGAUUUAGUGGGCCUCAAGUGGGAACUAGUUCUGUGCUUGCUCGCCGUCAUGGUCAUCUUGUUUUUCUCCUUGUGGAAAGGAGUCAAAUCCUCAGGAAAGGCGGUGUGGGUGACGGCAACUUUACCCUACAUCGUCCUGAUCAUUCUGCUCAUCCACGGCUGUACGCUGCCGGGCUCCGGCAAGGGAAUCCUGUACUACCUCACGCCGGACUUUACUCGCCUCCUCGCCGCCCAAGUCUGGAUCGACGCCGCGGUCCAGAUAUUCUACUCCAUCGGGGCUGGCUUCGGCGUUCACUUGGCUUACGCUAGCUAUAACAAAUUCCACAAUAACAUUUACAAAGACGUCCUAUUCACCAGCGCAGUCAACAGCGUGACGAGUUUCUUCGCUGGCUUCGCUGUGUUUGCUGUGCUGGGAUACAUGUCGGAAACGACGGGUAAAGACAUCGAAGAUGUAGCCACGGAAGGUCCGGGACUUGUCUUCGUGGUCUACCCAGAAGCCAUAGCCACAAUGGGUGGCUCCGUCUUCUGGUCCAUCAUAUUCUACAUCAUGCUGAUUACGUUAGGCCUUGAUAGUUCGUUCGGCGGCCUAGAAGCCGUCAUCUCCGGCCUGACGGACCGAUUCCCGAGGUAUUUCAGGAAGCGGCGAGAGCUGCUGACCCUCGCCGUGGUAGCGAGCGUUUUCUUCUGCGCCCUGCUCAACGUCACAUACGGUGGCAUCUACAUGUUCGUACUCCAGGAAAGAUUCGUGGCCGGCGCGUCUCUGCUCUUCGUGGUCAUGUUAGAGGCAAUUAUCAUAUCGUGGUUUUACGGGAUAGACAAUUUCAUUGACAACAUACAAGAGAUGCUAGGUUUCAAGCCGGGAAUUUGGUGGCGCCUCUGCUGGAAAAUCUUCGCACCUAUAUUCUUAGUUUUUAUAUUCAUCAUUAGUCUGGCACUGAGCGAGCCUUUGACCUACGAUGAUUACGUGUACCCGCCGUGGGGUCAGGCACUAGGCUGGCUCCUCGCCAUCUCGUCCAUGAUUAUCGUGCCCAUAUUCGCCGUGGUGAAUGCCUUCCGGUCCGAGGGCGACAGCUUCAAAAUGAAAUUGGCGUUUCUCAUCACACCGAAAGCUGAACAUGACGAUGUGCGGAAGGGAAAGGUCAAGAGGUUUCAGAGGAAACACUGGUUGUCACUCUGAAAGUCACAGACCUUUGCUGAACGACUCUAUUUAGUACCAAGCACAAACUCCAGAGAGACCAGGAAGAAAACACCAGCUUCAAAAAAUAAACAAGAUUAUACUCAUGCGUGGUAAAGCAGGCCCGAGAGUACACAGAAUUCUAUGCAAUUUUGAUUCAUAUUUCUCGGGAAGUCUUUUCAUGCAUCUUUGCCGGAGCUCGUUUAUCAGCUUUAUGAGGUAAUCCUAUAUGAUAGCACUGCCCGGUUAACACGUUAGUCGGGGAGUCAGUCAGUCAGUCAGUUAAUAGUCCGAGACCAGCCCAAAGUGUAUUUUCUUAGGUUCCGAGACCAUUGAGCAUAACCACCAGACGCUAGUGCGAAAGUUGCGCUAACUCUAAAAAGCAGAUUCUGUUAACACAGGAGGACGCACCACAAUAAGUAAUUUUGUCUGAGCCGAUAGAGAUUCGGAAACGGAGGUCUUUCCAGAAUUUGGCGUUUUUGUUGGAGGCUAUAUACCUGUAUUAUUUUACUGCAGCUAUCCAGUAUCUGAAGCCGAGAAUUAUCUUCUUCUUGACUUUGUUCGAUGCGUGUUCAAAUUAAUUCAAACUGUACCGGUGUCAACGCAAAGACAUGCCCCAAGUCUACGCCAAAGCGCAUGCGUGAAGCAGUAUGCUAAAUUGUCCUUAUCUCUAACAACAUGAACAAGGGCGUUACAUGUAAAAACUGUCAGUACGAGAAUCAUGAGAUUAUGUCUUAACGCUAAUCGUAAUGAUGCUGUCGUAAAAAAGGUAGAUUUUGUUACUCUUAAGGAAUUUUUAAAAAGAAUUUUAAUGUACUUAUACUCUUGGAAAUGCAGUGUAAAUAAAUGUACACUUUAUCGUUUGUUUGUUAUUAAUAGUUAUAAAUAACUAUUUAAGAAUAAAAUUGUGUAAACAAAUUGCGUAAAAAAACAUUAUUAAGCUACAAGGCAAUACAUGUAUCACCAAAGGCCUUGCUCUCUACCGAGCUCUUUAAUAUUUCGAUCUCUUUUCCCUAACACAUUGUAGAUUUGCGAAUAAACCACAACAUUUCGAUUUGUAUACAUCUUCUUCUUCUUAUUUUUCAUAAAAAAACUCUUGUUUUCUGUUUUUUUGGGCGUCUUCAACCUUCUGAAAACAUCUUUUAUGAUAGGUUGCUUGUGUGCCUCUCAAGCGUAAAAAGAUCUGUCUGAAAUCAUUUGUUUUGUUUUUAGAAAAUUAGUCGUAAGAUUGGUUUCGUAUAAUGACAGCUUUCUUCAGACAGUAUCUUUGCAAAUUGUGUAAAUAUUAAAAACAUGUAUAUAUAUGUGUGUGCUAUUUUUUGUUGAUGGUUCUGUUGUUGGUAUUUCUACAAAUUCAGCAUUAGCCCAAGUAUAAUGGAAUUUUUUUUAUUAAUAUUGCUAAACGCACCCCAGCAUAGAUAGAUAUAGGUAUACUAUAGUCAUGUGCAGUACUUGUGUUAUCGUUUAAAAAACACAACUGCAUGUAUAUCUUUUGUAAACCGCUAAGUAAAGGUUUGAAACCGUUGGAAAAUCCAAAAAAUAAU